CCAUCUAAAAUGUUGUUAUGUUUUUAUUAUCAUCAUCUUAACCUUCGCAAUGGCGGCAUCGAUAUUAGAAGCUGCAACACUCUCCUUCUUCUCAACCCAUCAUCCUUCUUACUCCAGAUUCCUCCUAUCUCCCAAACCACUACCACUCUCUAUAAACCUCCACGUUUCCAAUCCUACGCCUCUCAUUUCCCACAAUUUCCCUCAGCCUUCCCUCACCCAAAACCACCCAAGAAGUAAAAGCCUCUGCUUUCAACUAUGCUCCACUGUACAAGAAGUAACGGUGGAGAUGACACCAGAGGAAGAGGAAAUCCAGGAAGCAAACCUAAAAAGAAAGCUUUUUGUGGUUAAUUUGCCUUGGUCUUUCUCUGUUGCUGAUAUCAAGGACCUUUUUGGCCAAUGUGGGACUGUAUCAGAUGUUGAGAUUAUAAAGCAAAAGAAUGGGAGAAGUAGGGGAUUUGCUUUUGUGACAAUGACUACUGGUGAGGAAGCUCAGGCUGCUAUUGAUAAGUUCAAUUCUCUUGAAGUGUCAGGGAGGAUUAUCAGGGUGGAAUUUGCAAAGCGACUCAGGAGACCUCCUCCACGCCUUCCAGGCACUCCUGCAGAUAUCCCUGCAGGAGAGACACGCCAUAAGCUUUAUAUUUCUAAUCUUGCAUGGAAAGUGAGAGGUAGUCAUUUGAGAGAAUUUUUCUCCACUAAUUGUAACCCAGUUUCAAGUAGGGUCGUGUUUGAUGGCCCUGCAGGAAGAUCUUCUGGGUAUGGGUUUGUGUCAUUUGCCACGAGGGAGGAAGCUGUGGCUGCUAUUUCUGCUUUCAGUGGAAAGGAACUAAUGGGUCGGCCCAUUCGUCUAAAGUUCAGUGAAGACAAGGCUGAUGAAUCUGGAACUGAAAAGAAAGAGGAAGAAACUUCUGUGGUACAGCUUGAAGAGAGAUAGAUCCUGAUCUUAUUUGGAUUGUUGAUUAACGUACAAGUAUAGCAGGAAGAGGACUCGUAAUGAUGUCCAUGAAUGUAAGUGAUGGAAGGUCUUCUCAGUCUGCUGAAUGUUUUGCGUUUUCUUCUAUUAUUAUUUAACAUGUUAAAUGACUGACAUUAUUUUUUAUACUUGCUAAGUAUUCACAAAAAAAGGGUGUGGGUUUUUUAC